AUGCUGCCCGCGAGGGCUCCCGCUUCUCCCCGAGGGGCCCGGCAAGGGAGGCCGGAGCGGCGAGGAGAUGCUGGGCCUGAUGCGCUCUGGCGGCCUCCUCGGCCUCCGUCACCUUCUCCCUCCUCCUCAACCGCUUGGAGAAGGAGGGCCUGGAGGAGCAGCGCCCAGCUCCAGCCAAGAAGGCGAGGAGUUCGAGGAAGAAGAGGAGGCCGCCGAGGAGGAGUCCACCGAGUCCGAGCCGGAGCCGGAGCCGGAGCCCAUGAUGGAGGAGGAAUUUGUGGUGUGCUUCUUGAAGAGAUGGUCGCUGAAGCUUUGCACAAACUGGGGCGUUCAGCCCCUGGCACAGAAAAUGUCUACCUUGAUCUUUCCCUUUCAAUCUUUCAUGUGUCAGUGAGUGCCUUAUUUGCUGAACUGGAUGCUUCUCAUAACUGUCUAACCACGUACUUUGACUUUAAACCACCUAAGAAUUUACAGGUAGUGAAUUUUGCACACAAUGAGAUCCCAGAAAUGCGAGAUCUUUCCGCCUAUACGUCUCUCACAAAGCUCAUACUGGAUAAUAACAAUAUCACAGAGAUCCGGGGGCUAGAGAACUGCCACAAUCUGACCUACCUGAGCCUGGCAAACAACAAGAUCACUGAAAUCAGUGGCUUGAAAAACCUACCUAUCAAGACACUGUGCCUGAAAUCAAACCAGAUAGAAAAAGCUGUUGGCUUGGAAGAGCUGAAGGUGCUGCAGGUCUUGGACUUGUCAGGCAACCAGAUCAGCAGUUUGGAAGGGCUGGAGGAGCACUCUCUGCUGGAGGAGAUCAACUUAGAAGAUAACCAGGUGUCUGAGCUGAAUGAGCUGGAAUAUAUUGAAUCCCUACCUCUCCUGAGAGUGCUUAAUCUGUUAAACAAUCCUGUGCAGGAACACCCGGAUUAUUGGCUCCUGGUGAUUUUCAUGCUGCUUCGACUUACAGAGCUGGAUCAUAAGAAAAUCACGGUGCAAGAAAAGGUUGCAGCUGUGAACAAGUAUGACCCUCCUCCCGAAGUGGUGGCUGCCCAGGACCACAUGACCCAUAUCAUGUACAGCAUGAUGCAGCCCCAGCGCAUCUUCAAUAGCACCCUGCCUAGUCUUGAUGCUCCCUACCCCAUGCUGGUGUUGACUGGACCUCUGGAGUGCUGGAAGAGAGAACUUUGCCACAGGCUCUGCCGGAAGUUCAACAACUACUUCAGAUACAGUCCCUGCCAUACUACUAGGUCUGCCUAUUUUGGAGAAGAAAACAGAUUGGAUUAUUAUUUUAUACCUCAAGAGGAGUUUGACAAAAUGGUGACUACGGGACAAUUUAUUGCUACCUUUAAAUAUAGUGGCUUCUCCUAUGGACUGGGCCGAGACACCAUUGAAUCCAUUGCUCGGGAGGGACUCGCAACUUGUGUUCAUAUGGAAAUAGAGGGUGUGAGAAGUUUGAAGAAUUCCUACUUUGAGCCACGCUACAUCCUACUCAUCCCAAUGAACAAAGAAAAAUAUACCAGCCACCUGCGAAGGAAGGGGCUGUUCAGCAGGCCAGAGAUUGAUGAAGCAGUCAAUAGGGUGGACAUGUACAUCAAACUGAACCAGGAUUGCCCAGGCUUCUUUGAUGCGGUCUUCAGCAUAGAUGAUUAUGAUGAAGCCUUUGCCAAGCUGAGUAGCCUCAUCGAGGAGUUCCUGGGACUAACACAACUUUCUGAAUCACAGCUUACGUUUCCUUCAUCAGACAGCUAUUUCUUUGCAGGUCCGAGCAAGGCACGCAAUACAAUUGACAUCAGAGGAACUGAUGGAGUAGUGCCAUUGUCCAUUUCUCAUGAAUUUUUGGACUCCUCUGCCAAAAAUUACUCAGCUGUCAUAGCAGCAAAGCUUUCAGCACAAAAGACACCAGUGGAAGAGGCUUCCCUGCUGAGGCGGCAACUGGCAGCCAAACAGGGCCUGAUGGGAAAAGCUGUUAGCUCAUACUACCAGCUGUUUCAAAGAGACUCCGCCAGCACCUUUGCACCAAUGGCCACACAUGCUCAGUUUCUGGAGCCACCUGAAUCUCUCAUGUCUGUGCUGUCAACUGAAAGCUCCCUCGGUCCAUACCAAGGCAUCCCACCCACUAGCCCAGGCCUAGGUUCCGGAACCACAUACUCGACAAUUCAUCAUUCCCAUGCCUCCUCAGCUGGAAUGUUUUCAAGCAGUAGAUCAUCUUCCUGGACACCUCUCCUGUCUACCAAUGAGAUUAAGGAUGGAAAAGAGCUGGAGCAUCAUCCUGAAACCAGAGAGAAGAAAACUCACAAAGCCAAAGCUGUUCCCCAGCACAAACCACAAGUCUUUGUCCAUCCAGGAUUGAACAGGAAACCUGUGCUUCCUCCAAUCCCAUCAGGGAGGAAGAAACCCAUGGGACCUGAGAUGUAAAUCUCUCCUACACUGUGCCCCCCAAAGCCUUAGCCUUCCUCCUCCUGUCUCUUUCUUACCCUUCAAGGAAGAAUCUGCAAAGGCCUCCUCUCUUUGAGCAACUUGUCUUUGGCAAAAAACCUGGAUGUGGUUUUGUGGCCAACAAGAGGUCUGAAAAAGGUCACCUGUAGGUUUUGCAUAUCUUUGAUGAAAGCCAUUCAGCCAUUUGGGGGUAGUAGGUGGUAACUCUAAAUUCAUAUGCAAUAUAAAUAGAGGUAACUCUUCUGUUUCCCUAUAUCUUAGAAUAUAUGAAUCUUCAAGUAGAGCUGCGGUUUCCCUUCAGCCUUAGCCCUCUGACAGGCUUUCUGUAAUCCGAGUACAAUGUUAUUCAUAUAUACUGAGUACAUAUAUUUUCAGUAAUAUUAUUGAGUACAAUGUUAUUCAUAUAGAUAUUUCCUCCCCCCAGGACAAAGUUGCCUAUAGUUUCAAUAUAAAGUAAUCGAAUGCAACCUUAAGUACUGUAUUCUUUCAGUCUGGUGUU